AAAAAAAGAAUAAUUUCUAGGUACAAACAUUUUGCUACAUAAGGAUAAAUCUGCUUUCUUUUUUGGUUCUGGAGAAAUAAUAUUUAAUGAUUGCUCUGUUGAUUCUUGGGAAAAUGAGAGUGAUAAUUUACUAAAUUUACUGUAAUUCUAUUCUAAAAUUCAUUGUAAUUUUGUCGUACUCUGUCAUCUUGAAUAUGAAAUAUUAUUUUGUCCAAAACCAAAGAAGAAAAAUAAUGUAAUUCCAACUUGAGUUAUUGGUGGCAAUUUUGCUUUGGAAAUAGGCGAUGGUGCCUUCGCCUUGUGGCCACAAUUAGAAAAUGUCUCAUUACCACUUUAAUUGUAAUGAGAAUUACACAUUUUUGUGAAAAUAAACAAACAAUAAUAAUAACAAACACCUGAAAUUUUGAUUUUACCUAUCUAUUUUUAUAUUUCGAUAUAACGAUGUCACUGUUUCUGCAAAAUAAAAAUCUGCUUUCCUGUCUAUCUUAACGCAACUAUAAACAACUGUCAUUUGUGUACUGUCAAGUGUGAAGUCAUAGAUAAUAAAGCUGAAGGGCUGAUCAUUUGAGUGUCUGUUUUUGAUGUUUCUUUGUUUAGAAAAUUAAAUCGCUAACGUGACGUUCUCGUACAGUUUGUUGCAAUAGAAUUUUAAAAUUACGUAAAUAAUGUCCUUCAAAUCGCAUGUUUUCAAACACUAGUCUGACGACAGCCACUUUAAAUGAUUGCGUAUUAAAAGUUUAUCAGUUCACAUCGCGGACGAUUUGAAAAGCUUUGUUAGCAAUUUUCUUUGUUAUUUUAAAUCAGCUCGUCUAACUAUGGAAAAGGUUUUGGUAAACUUUUUGUUUUUAUUAAUAGUAAACAGUAGUUUUUCUUAUAAACCUGUAGUUUUAAUACAUGGUAUUAUGACGGGUAGUGGAAGUAUGGAAAUGAUUUCACACAGAAUUCAAGAGAAACACCCAGGAACCAUUGUGUACAAUGUAAAUAGAUUUGAAGGUUGGUCCAGUUUAGAAACUAUGUGGCACCAAGUACUAGAAAUAGGUUUGGAUAUUGCAAAUAUAUCAGCGAAACAUCCAGAGGGUAUCAAUCUCAUUGGUUACUCACAAGGUGGGCUGAUCGCAAGAGGUAUUGUACAGACAUUUUCAAAUGUGUCUAUUGAUACAUUUAUUUCAUUGAGUUCACCACAAGCUGGACAGUAUGGAGCUGGUUUCCUACAUCUUGUGUUUCCUGGGCUGGUGAAGGACACGGUAUACGAGUUGUUUUACUCGCGAGUGGGUCAACAUACCUCAGUUGGCAACUACUGGAAUGAUCCAUACCACCAGACUCUCUACGAGAUGUACAGUGUGUACUUGCCCUAUAUAAACAACCACAUCAAAUCAGCGAAAACUGAUGAUUUUAAAAAUAAUAUGCUGAGGCUCAAAAGACUCGUGCUGAUUGGUGGGCCUGAUGAUAACGUCAUUACGCCGUGGCAGAGCAGUCAGUUCGGUUACUACAACGGUAGCGAGGCGGUUGUAGAGAUGCGCGCUCAGGAUAUAUACACUGAGGAUAGAAUAGGCCUCCAAGCUCUAGACAAGGCCAACAGAUUGCAUCUGAUCACUGUUCCCGGUGUUAAUCACUUCUCGUGGCAUAUGAACGUUACUAUAGUAGACGACUGUCUACUACCAUACUUAGAUUAA